AUGGGAGAUGAGAGGCGAGAAGGGAAGCAGCCUGAAGGGUCAGGAGAACCAGCUGUUCAACAGAUCAAUCUCAAUCAAGUCCAGUUUGAGGCUAUGAUGGCUGAGAUAACCAGGAGAAUGCAAGUCAACUUCAAUAGAACUCAACAAGCUAAUGAGGUUUUAGUUGAUGAUAAUGCAGGACAGGAGAGAGCAGCAGCUCUUGCUGGAGCUAGGAGAGCACGCAUUGGACCUAUCAGGGGACAAAGGUUUGAGGUUGGAGGUCAUAGGCUCUAUGGUGAACAAGUAGAGGAUGAUGAAGCUGAAGAAAGUGAUGAUGAGUCUCAGGCUAGUCAGCACAACAGACACCAUAACCGCAGGCGACCAGCUGAUAACCUAGGCAAUCUCAAGCUUAGAAUUCCUCCAUUCCAUGGCAAGAAUGAUCCUGAUGCUUAUCUGGAGUGGGAGAAGAAGAUUGAAUUGGUUUUCAAUUGCCAGCAGUUCACUGAGGAGAGGAAGGUCAGACUAGCAGCCACUGAGUUUUGUGGUUAUGCUAUUAGCUGGUGGGAUCAGAUUGCUACUACCAGGAGACGCAAUGGAGAGCCUCAGAUAGCUUCCUGGUUUGAGAUGAAAACAGUGAUGAAGAAAAGAUUUGUUCCUAUUCACUAUGGGAGAGAUCUACACCAGAAACUGAGAAGGCUGUCUCAAGGGUCCAAGAGUGUAGAAGACUACCAUCAGGAGAUGGAAACACUUAUGCUGAAGGCUGAUUUGGAAGAAGGAGCAGAAGCUACAAUGGCUAGAUUCCAAGGAGGUCUAAACAGAGAUAUCCAGGAUAGAUUGGAACUACAAGAGUAUGAAGACAUGGAUGAGCUACUGCACAAAGCCAUCCUGAUUGAGCAGCAAAUUAAAAGAAAGAGUUCCAACAAGUCUCCAUACAAUGCAGCUUCCAAACCGGCUUACUCCAAGGAUGACAAGCCAUCUGAUAAACCAAAGGAGGGAUCUACCUCAGGGGAAGCCAAACGAGAUGACAAGGGAAAAGGGGUGAUGACUAUCCUAGCCAAUGGAGAAGUGGUUUCUGAGGAAGAAGAUGCUGGUCACGAGACUGAUGAUGAAGGAGUGGAAUACCCUGUCCGAGGAGAGCUACUAGUUACUAGGAGACUUCUCAAUGCUCAACCUAAAGCCAAGGAGGAUGAUCAGAGAGAGAACCUAUUCCACACCAGGUGUUUGAUUCAAGACAAGGUGUGCAGUUUGAUCAUUGAUGGAGGAAGUUGUACUAAUGUAGCAAGUGAUGAGUUGGUAGAGAAGCUGGGUCUUGAAGUGUACAAGCAUCCUAAACCAUAUCUCUUGCAAUGGAUCAAUGAAGAGGGAGGUUUAAAGAUCAGCAAGCAAGUGAAAGUGUUAUUAUCAGUGGGAAAAUACCAGGAUGAGAUCACUUGUGAUGUGGCACCUUUGGAAGCUAGUCACAUUCUCCUUGGAAGACCAUGGCAGUAUGACAAGAGAUCAGUACAUGAUGGCUUCACCAACAGAUAUACCUUUGCUCACAAGGAGAGGCAAGUCACACUGGCGCCCAUGACACCACAAGAGGUACACCAGGAUCAGAUGCACCUCAAGAUGAAGAGGGAGAAGACUAAAGCAGCCGGCAAGACCUUGUUGCUGGAGGAGGGCGACCAGUUGAGAUUGAGUGUCUUUUGCAGGAAUAUAAGGAUGUGUUUCCAGAUGAUAAUCCCAUUGGCUUACCACCUAUCAGAGGGAUAG